AUGACUGAUUCAUCUGUUUGGGCCGUCAAUUCAUUAUUAGAUACAGACUUAUAUAAAAUCUUUAUGCAUGCAGCUGUUCAUAAGAAUUUUUUAAACGUGCCAGUUAAAUAUGGAUUUACAAAUAGAACUCCACAAAUGAAAUUAAAUACAAAAGCAAUCGAAUGGUUGAAAUCACAAAUUGAGCAUUUAGGAGAUCUAAGAUUCACAGAUGAAGAAAUUCAAUAUUUAGAGAAAACUUUGCCCCAAUUGCCGAAAUCAUAUUUAAAAUAUUUAAAGACUUUCAAGUUCGAUCCGAAAUCUCAAAUUAGAUACGACGAAAAUGGUGAUAAUUUUGGCUUGGAAAUUGUGGGUAAUUGGGAUGAAACUAUUUUAUAUGAAAUUCCAGUCUUGGCAUUGAUAUCAGAGGCAUAUUUUAAAUUUGUUGAUACAGAAUGGAAUUAUGAUAAUCAAUAUGAAAAUGCAAAAUUAAAAGCUGAAAAAUUAGUACAUAAUAAAUGUAAUUUUAGUGAAUUUGGUACAAGAAGAAGAAGAUCAUAUGAAACACAAGAAAUAGUUAUAAAAGCUAUUAAAGAUGUUCAAAGUGAGUAUGUAGCAGGUACAUCCAAUGUUUAUCUUGCAAUGAAAUAUGAUUUGAAACCAAUCGGUACUGUUGCUCAUGAAUGGUAUAUGGGCAUUGCUUCGAUUACUCAAGAUUAUAUUCGUGCAAAUAAAUUAGCCAUGGAUUAUUGGAUAGAUACUUUUACUUCAAAAUAUGCUGGAUUAGCUUUAACUGAUACUUUUGGAACUGAUAAUUAUUUAAAAUAUUUUGUUGGUCCAUAUGUAAAUGAAUAUUCUGGAGUUAGACAAGAUUCAGGAGAUCCAGAAUUAUAUGCAGAAAAAAUUGCAAAGCAUUAUAACCAAUUAGGUAUACCAGAAAAUACCAAAAUAAUAUGUUUUAGUGAAUCAUUAAAUGUUGAAAAAUGUAUAAAAUUUAGACAAAAAGCUGAAGAUUUGGGAUUGCUUUGUACUUUUGGAAUUGGUACUUUUUUCACCAAUGAUUUUGUCAAUUCUAAAACUGGUGAAAAAUCACAACCUUUAAAUAUUGUGAUCAAAAUAAAGGAAGCUAAUGGUAAAUCAUCAAUUAAAAUUAGUGAUAAUAUUGGUAAAAAUACUGGGGAUGUUGAAACUGUUGAAAGAGUUAAGAAAGAAUUGGGAUACUCUGAAAGAGUUUGGGAAGAAGGUGACGAGACUCAUAGAUGGUGA